AUGGACAUUGAUCCUUGCUUUGGGGAUUUAAAGAGUGAAGUAGGACCAAUGGAGGACUUAGAGGAGGUCCCAAUAGAUGAAAAUGAACUUACCAGAGUGGUCAAAGUUGGGAAGAAGUUAAAGUUGGAAGUGAGAGCACAACUGGCACAUCCCAUAAAGGUGCUUACCGACCAGCCCUUACGCCAGGUAUUACAGAAGCUAGAGACCUCUAGUCACUUACUUAAAUGGGCUGUCGAAUUAGGUCAAUUCGAGAUCAAGUAUCAACUCUGGUCAGCAAUCAAAGGGCAGGCUCUAGCUGACUUCAUUGUCGAAUGCACCGGAAUUCCUGAUGUUCCCGAAGAAAUAGAAAACUUAGUUGAGCAGAGAAAGGCAGAAUAUGAAGCCCUAUUAGCAGGACUGCGCUUAGACAGAGAUGUUCACGCUCGAUCAAUCGAAGUUAAUAGUGAUUCCCAGUUGGUGGUUUAUAAGAUUUUGGGAGAAUAUCAGGCAAGAGGUUUGCGUAUGGUGGCAUACUUAAAUAAAGCUAAGGAGUUGUUAGCACAAUUUGAAGAGUACACGAUCAAGUUAGUGCCACGAGAGCAGAACUCCAAUGCAGAUGCCUUGGCAAAAUUAUCCAGUGCGAAGGAUGCUAACACUCUGAAUGUAGUACCAGUUGAAUACUUAGCGAGUCCAAGUAUUACCGAGCAGGAAGAAAUGCCAAUUACUAUGGCUAACACUUGGAUGACACCCAUCAUCACGUACCUCGAGCAAGGGACUUUACCAGAGAAUUGCAAUGAUGCCAAGAGGACGAUGAGAAAGGCUGCUCAGUAUGUCAUGAUGGAGGGGGUGUUAUAUAGAAGGGGGUACUCUAUGCCACUGCUAAGGUGUGUGACACCCGACCAGUCGAAGAACCUAUUAGUUGAAGUACACGAGGGAUUUUGCGGAGAUCACGCUGGGGGGCAAAUAUGGGGCAUUGAUCUGAUCGGAAGUCUACCUAAAGGGGAAGGAGGAGUGCAGUUCACAAUUGUUUCUGUGGAUUAUUUUACUAAAUGGAUUGAAGCUAAACCAUUAGCCACAAUCAUGUCAAAGAAAGUGUUAGAUUUUGUGGUGAAUAAUAUCAUAUGUCGCUACGGACUGCCGAAAAAGAUAGUGUCUGACAAUGGUACACAAUUUGAUAGUGAUCUAUUUACCGAUUUUUGUGCUAGACAUGGUAUUACGAAGAGCUUCUCCUUGGUAGCUCACCCACAAGAAAAUGGGUGGGUGGAAGCCAUGAAUAAAACAUUAAAAGACACCCUUAAGAAAUGCCUCGAACAAGCUAAAGGGUGUUGGGUGGAAGAGUUACCAGAAGUUCUUUGCUCGUAUAGAACCAAUGCUCGGACAACGACGAGCCAUACUCAUUUUUCCUUGGCAUAUGGUUAUGAAGCUAUGAUACCAGUCGAGAUUGACCCUCCGUCCCAUCGAAGAAGCACUUACGACGAGGAUGAAAACAAUCAAUUACUGGCUGAAUCUUUGGAUUUUAUUAAGGAAAGGCGAGAAAGGGCGAGCAUAAGGGUUGCUGCUCAUCAACAAAAGGUGGCUCGUUAUUUCAACUCCAGAGUUAAAGAUCGAAAGUUCUAG